AUGACAAAAGAAUUUAACACUCCAUUAAUAUUUCCAACACACCCUAUUCGAACUUCAAUUGCAAAUUACAAUUACAGUCUAUAUUCAAAAGAACAAAGACCAAGUGAUAGGAAGUAUGAAGAAUAUUGCAACGCUAAUUUACGUGUGAAGACAAUACCCAAAAAGAAGAUACUAAAAGAUGAAAUUAAACAUUCAAAAUUUAAUACACGUCCUUUAUUACCUUCUUUUAAUAAUAACUCGUCACCAACAUCUACUCUUAGGUUAAGAACAGACACUAACAAAACUAGAUCAUCUACAACUUCAUUUUCUGAUAAUGCAAUUCAAAUAUUUACAUUACCUAGUCAUAUUCGUACAAACGAUGUUAAAAAACAAGAAGAAAUAAAGUAUGAAUGGGAAGAAUCAAAAAAAUCAUUUAAAAUAUAUGAAGCAUGUCAACAAGCUAUUUUGAUAGGAUUAUUGAUAAUAAAUGAUUAUGAAAUUGAAAUUAAUAAAGAAAUAAAUAAGAAGAAGAAAAAAUUCCCAAUGCUUGACAUUCUCUCUAUCAAGAAAUCAGAAAACAAUAAAUUAGUUUCAUGUGGAUUAAAUGAAUUUAUUGCUAAAUCAAUGAAAGAGAAUGAAACAAUAAAAGAAACUGAAAUAAAAAGAAGUGACUACAAACAAAGAAAGAGAAACAUUCUUAUAAUGGAAUUUAUGAUAAAAUUAAUGAGAAAAGAAAAAUCUGUAAUAGAUGUAGUUAAACCAAGAGUAGGUGGUACUCUUUUAAAAAAUGAGAUAAUGUUUAUUACUUCUUUUACAUUAGAUAUGUUUAAAAAACCAGUCUGUUUGAAUCAGCAAGAUAUUUUAAAAAUUGGUAAACGUAUUAAUAAUCUAAUUACUAAAAUUGCACUUACCUCACUUCCACAAAAAUCAAUUAUACUUACUCCUUACCACUACAUAAUUAGUAGUAUUUUUAUUCAAUUCUUUAGAGAUUCUCUUGAACAAUUUGACAAGGUAAUACAUUUUAAAGAAUCAGAAAACAUAUCAUUAACAAACACUUAUAUUUUUCAAAAUUUACAACCUGAAUUUAUAAACCAUUAUCAGAACUUUGACUUUUCUUUUAUUAGAGCAGAUACUCUCCAAUUUAUUCUGAAAACAUUUUGA